UCAUCAAAAUCUUUGUUCCCUGCAGUCUAAUGCCAACUAAUUCCAAUAAUUAAUAGAGUAUUUGUAAACUGGGUGGAAAGUGGACUAUUUUAUAUAUGGGCAUUUAAACACACCAUUAUAUCGUCUUCAUUCCAUUUCUUGAAUUUCCAGAUUUCCAGCUAGUUGAGAAGUAGUAGAAAGAUGGCUACAUUAAACUCAUCAUCACAACCUCCAAACUCUCCUUCUCCAACGCCAUCUUUCACACUCAGAACCGCCGCCGCCGCCUCCCACCCAUACGACGACACCUUUCUAAGGAGCAUCUCCACCAAAGACGCCGCCGGUACCAAUAAUUUCUCCGGCGAGCUUACUCUCCCACCCCGCUCCCAAACAUUCACCUCCCAGCCCUCCUCCCCCGCCCGCCUCUCCUUCGCUACCUCUCCGGCCAACAAGCUGCAGGAUCUCUCCCUCAACACCACCUACAGAUGCAUCUCCUCCGUCCUCAAAAAGGACGGCCAGAUCUUGUCCAUCGCCGUCGCCAACGGCUUCGUCUACACCGGCUCCCAGACCAACGUCAUCCGCGUCUGGAAGCUCCCGGAGUUCACCGAAUGCGACCAACUCAAGACCAGGGCCACCAUGGUCGUCGCCCUGCAGGUCUCCAACGACAAGGUUUUCGCCGCCUACUCCGACUGCAAGAUUAGGGUUUGGCACCGGAGCUGGGAAGGCGUCAUCAAGCACGUCCGGGUCGCUACCAUCCCCAAGGCCGGAAGUUACGUCCGGAGCUACAUCUCCGGCAAAGACAAGAUGAUGAAGCAUAUGGGACCAAUAUCAUCGGUGGCGAUUAACGUAUCGGACGACAUUCUAUACUCUGCUUCGCUAGAUAAGACGGUGAAAGUGUGGCGGAUUUCCGAUGUGAAGUGUAUAGAGACCAUUCAGGCGCAUAACGAGCCGGUGAACGCCGUGGUGGUGGCGGACGACGGGGUUCUCUACACGGCUUCGGACGACGCGACGGUGCGGGUGUGGCGGCGCAACUUCUGCAGCGGGGACAGGCCGCAUUCCCUCACGGUGACGCUGCCGGCGAAGUACUCGCCGGUGAAGACGCUGGCGCUGUCGUCGGGGGAGGGGGCGGUGCUGUACGGCGGGUGCAGCGACGGGUACGUGCAUUACUGGCUCAAAGGGUGGUUCUCCGGGCAGUUGCAGUACGGCGGGGCGCUGCCGGGGCACACGCACGCGGUGAUGUGCAUAACGAGCGUGGGGGAUUACGUGGUGAGUGGGUCGGCGGACGCGACGAGCAGGGUGUGGGUGAGGGAGCAAGACGGGCAGCAUUCUUGCUUGGCGGUGUUGCAGGGUCACAGGGGUCCUGUCAGGUGUAUCGCGGCGUUUCCGGCGGGGGCGCGGGCCGCCGGCGAGGAGAGCGAUCAGGAUGGAUACACGGUGUGUACGGGGAGUCUCGACGGGGUGCUCAAGAUGUGGCGUGUAAAGUGCGUCAGCAACACCGCCAAAGUCUCGUCCCAGAAUUGCGACUAUUUUGAUCUCACUUAGAACAAACCCCAUCUACAGUAGUAGUCUGCAGCUUCUUAGAAUAUAGAAAUUAUGUAAACAGUAGACAUCCUUAUAUAAGUCACUUUUUAUUAAUUUAACUAU